GGUAGGGUAUCUUUAUUUUAGCUCCAGUUGAUGACGAUUAGAGCUGACGGGAACUGCCAGUGACUGCUAUCUAGACACCUCAGUUAUCCCCGCACUCUCUGGACCUGCUAUCCCCAUCAAUACCAGUACAUCAGCUUCCAUACUCCUGGUUGCAGGGGAUUCCCUUGGCUGCUCCCCUUUCUCAAAUCAUGAAUCCCAUAUUACCGAUACCUAUACCAUCUCCCGCUCUACAGCUGCCUGUCCCUUCUGUAUCACCUGGACCACGACCUCGACCUCCAACCGGAAGCGACUUCACCGCAUCACCCACCUUGACUGUAGAACCUGCCAAUGCCUCUCCCGUGCCACCGCCUUCAAAGAAGAGACAGAAACGUAACAAGCCCACAUUAUCAUGUGAGGAAUGUGUAGAAAGAAAGACCAAGGUUGGUGGUAUUUUGCUUGGGUGGUAUCAUAUCAUAUAAUUCAAUCUUGAACACUGUCUACAAGUGCAAUUGAAAUCCAGGCCCCGAGUUCUGUUUUCUUGAUCUUGCUGUUGAUCGGGAUCUGCCUCCAUACAUUCUGAUGUCUAUCUUUUCCCUUUUCCCUUUUCUCAAUACUUCAUAUUUGCAUCUCAUCACUAUUCCGGCUCGACCUUUUCAUAGUGUUGAUACCAAUCCGGUUGAUACGUGGCCCUAGUUUCGAUCCGGACAGGCCUGAUCGCUUUUUUAUUGGGUCUUUACAAAAUCUACCUGACCCAAGAACUUGCUGAUUUUGGCCUCGUACUUGGACAAUCUCGCUAACAUUUCACAGUGUGAUAGGGCAAGGCCCAGUUGCCUAGCGUGUCAGUACCAAAGAGCUACAGUAUCGUUGUACGUUCUAAAUCAUAAAAUGUAUAAAACGACAAUCAGGCUGCAAAUAUGCACAUAUCGCAAAUAUCCUCGUGUAUGUGUCACUACAAUUCAUGGCAGGAGAUUCUAAUGACUGAAUCGUAGAGAAACGUAUCGUUCCAUUGUUGGCAUUAACGGUUCCAAAAAAUCGCCAAAUCCCAAUUGCCCUACCAAGAAUUGUUCCGAGGUUUCAAGAAAUAUCCGUAGUCAUCACGAAAGAAGCAUUUCUCGAGGCUCGGUUUCCUCUUAUACUGGUCUCCUUUCUCACGUCCCAUAUUCCCAUCCCUCCGCCUCAAACGUCUUUGGCAUCGGUUCCGAGCAUCCUUUUGCAAACCACUGGACAUGUCAAGGUGGUUUACCAGAAGUAAUAACCGUCCUCCCAGAAAAAGUACAAGCAGAUAUCCUUCUUGAGCGAUACUUCGAAUGUGUUGAUCCCGUGUAUCCCAUGUUACAUAGACAAACUUUCUACACAGAUUAUGAUAUGUUUUGUGCUCUUGAUCGACCAGAAAAAGACAAAUCAGAUGGAUCUUUCGUGGCAUUAAUCUUUGCCAUGCUGGCUCUGGGAACUCAAUUCGUUACUAAUAUCCCGCCAAAGGAGCGACAACAAAGUGCGGAAUUUUGCGUUUCUGCAGCUCAUCAGGCACUGAGAAUGGCUUCUGUGACACCACUACCCGUUUCGUUCUCUGAUUUUUAUGGGGACUCAUAGAGGGGAACGUGAAGUGAGUUAUACCCCUAUGUGACUUUUUAAGCCACUGAGUGUAAAUUCAUUUUUUUUCUUACCUCUUUCCCCUAUGAUUCCAUGAGUGUAAAGUCUUUUUUUUUUCUUA